UCGGAGGUACGAGCGCGUUGACCAGGGAAAGGAUGUGUCUCCUGCUAGGGGCCCCGGGAGUCGGAAAGACCCUGCUUGUGAAACGCCUGCAGAAGCUGAGCUCGGGAGAUGGCAAAGGCGACCUGGGAGAGCCUCCACCGACGCGGCCCACGGUGGGCACCAACCUCACAGACAUCAUGGCCCACAGGAAGAUCACCAUCCGAGAGCUCGGGGGAUGCAUGAGCCCGAUCUGGUCCAGUUACUAUGGAAACUGCCAUUCGCUCUUGUUCAUGAUGGAUGCCUCGAACCCCACCCAGCUCUCUGCAUCCUGCAUGCAGCUCUUGGGUCUCCUUUCUGCAGAAGAACUUGCAAAAGCCUCGGUCCUCAUUCUCUUCAAUAAAAUUGACCUACCCUGUUACAUGACCAUGGAGGAAAUAAAGUCAUUGAUGAGGCUUCCGGACAUCGUGGCUUGUGCCAAGCAGAACAUCACCACAGUAGAAAUAAGUGCCAGGACCGGCACCGGCUUGGCAGCAGUGUUGCUCUGGCUCCAGAAUCAACACAGGCACAGCAGUUGACUGCGAGACAGAAGUAUGGCUGACCCAGCCAAGGCCUAGGAGACAAAUGCAUGAGAGCCUGAGGUGUCUGGUAGGAGCAGGCCACCCAGUGUAUUCAUGAUAGGGGUCUGCACAGCGACCAGUGAACGAGCACACACUUACAAACACCACUGUCAUCCCACUUCUGAACAGUGGUCCCAAGACAGGGCAGACUCCAGGUGUCUUCAUGUCUGCCGGGACUCCCACCAAGUAACUGGACCUGCCGAAGGUUCUGGAUUGCACGGAGCCCAGGUCAUUUUUGCAGUACAGGCUCUGCCCUUCUGAGUUCCUGAUAUCCUGAGCAUGUUGCCCAGAACAAAAAUAUAAAGUUAAUGAAGUUAAUAAGAA